UUUUUGGGAGGGAGAUGGAAGUCGAGAGACUGUUUGUACUAUUUUCAGAAAGUCUGGAAUGAGAUUUAAUCUUUCCGACAGAUAUUCUCUUCCAUCCCUUAAAUUUCUCAUCACAAUUUUACAGAUUUUUAUGAGAAUUAUUCGCCAUUUUAGUAGAAUAGCUACCGUUUUGGCUAAAUAUCCACUCAAAAUGCAAUUAGACUCUCCUGAAUUUCAUGCUCUUUUUACUCCAGAAUUAAAAAAACUUUCUUCAAUUUUUACCUCUAAUGGAUUUGAAUUAAGAAUGGCUGGAGGGGCGGUUAGGGAUUUGUUAAUGGGUGUAAGGCCUUCAGAUGUUGAUUUUGCAACGGAUGCAACACCUUUACAAAUGAAGGAAAUUUUUACACAGGAACAAAUUCGAAUGUUAAAUAAAAAUGGAGAAGAGCAUGGGACUAUUACAUGCAGAAUAGAUGACAAAGAAAAUUUUGAGAUAACGACGUUGAGAAUUGAUGUAGUUUGUGAUGGGAGAAGAGCAGCAGUUAAAUUUACAAAAGAUUGGGAAGAAGAUGCAUUUCGAAGGGAUUUAACAAUAAAUUCUUUAUUUCUCGAUCUCGAUGGAUUUGUACAUGACUAUACUGGGGGAAUUGAAGAUAUUAAAAACAGAAGAAUUUCUUUUGUUGGUGACCCGGUUAUCAGACUACAAGAGGAUUUUCUUCGUAUUCUCCGCUAUUUUCGAUUUUUUGGGCGCUUUGCCCCCGUUGGCGCUACACACGAACCUAAAAAUAUUGAGGCUAUUAUAAAAUGCAAGGAUGGUCUUAAGAAUAUAAGCGGUGAAAGAUUAUGGAUGGAAUUCAACAAAAUUUUAAUUGGAAGAAUGGCUUCUUCUGUAAUUAAAGAAAUGCUUUUAACGUGUAAAUUGGGGCCUUUUUUGUGUUUGCCUGAAAAUGUAGGAUUUGAUGAAUUUGAAAGAGUGGCUAAAGUAAAUUCGCCUAAAGGAGAAGAUGGACCUUUGGCUGCAGCACCAAGCACUUUAUUAAGUGCUUUAUUUAAUAAGAUUGAAGAUGUAGAAAGAUUUCAGUCUCGUUGUAAAUGUUCAAAUGCAGAAAAAUGGCUAUGUGAAUUAAUUGUACAAAAAAGAGAGGAGGCUAUGAAACACAAAAAUGAUAUUAAUUAUUUUAAGUAUGCAAUUUUGGAUGAAAUAUUUGAAAGAGGAGGUUAA